AUGAUUCAGCGUUUGCAAUACAUCCUCGAGAGAUAUCUACUUACGAGUCGGAGUGAUUCUAGUCGACGUUUUGUUAAACUUGCCAAAGCAAGCGUCUGUCACGUCUCAUUCAAUCGGGGUGGCCUCCAAAUGCCGCGCCUAACCGACACCAUCAAGAAACAACUGGAUUUACUACUUCAGCAGUUAUUUUGGAUGGAGAUGCAUGAACUUUGGAAGGCUAUUACAACGGCACUUCCUGCCUACACACUUCCUGCCGAAUUACAGCUCUCGACGUUUGACUUCCUCUCGUGCCUCUUCUUCAGACGUACGAAGCUUAUCCCUUUCAAAAACAUUCCUCCGUGGUGGCAGUUUUCGUGGUUUGUCUGGUCGACCCUGCCCAAGCUUCCAUCCUAUUCCCCAAGUGACCCCGUCGCCCUGCAAGCUGCACUACUUCGCGCCAACGUUUAG